AUGUUCUCCAUCAGCCCCCGCGUCAAUGCUCGUGCUCAAACCUACAACUGGCUUCAUCAAUUUUCUUGGUCAAACUACGUCUCGUCGGUGUCUACCUCAUAUUCCGUGCCAACAACCAUCAAUGCGGCGUCUGAUCCUUUCUAUCUCAAUGCCAAUGGCAACCAAAACAUCGAUUACCAUUUCGGUCCCGAAGCUACUUCAAACAACAAGAAGCCCAGGUCAAAGCAUCAUUGCUUGUUCCAAAUCCCAGUGGCUCGGUUUACAAAUGAUCAUUCUCUCCAGCCAAAGACCAAAAGCCAACUGCCACAUAUCCACUACAGGCUCGGCUGA